AUGCAGUUUGUGUUAGAUUUUGAUUGGGAAUCCACAGAGCUAGGUGCCGUCGACAGCUGGUCUCCUGAGCUCCGGCGUAUGGCGAACAUACUUAUGACCGAUCCAAGGCCAGCUGCCAUGUACUGGGGAAAGAAGAGAACAAUGCUCUAUAACGAACCGUAUGUCGUUGUCACAGGUCAACGACAUCCAGGGAUGAUGGGCAAGACAUUUUCUGAAGCCUGGGCAGAAGUGGCAGGAGACUUCAUUUCUGCUUUCGAUACUGCGUACGAGACUGGCAAGGCCUAUGUGGUCGACGAUGCCAGAUUUUACAUUCAAAGACAUGGUUAUCUCGAGGAAACAUAUUAUUCUCUAUCUAUCAUUCCCUUUAGCCUCGAGCGUGGUGUAGUUGGCUUCUAUAAUCCCGUAUUUGACACUACUCGACAAGUGAUUGCAGAUCGCAGAAUGGCUUUCCUAUUGCGCUUAGGUCAGUUUAUAGCAUCAUCUAGAGAGCCGAAAGAUUUCUGGCAGCAAUUACUGCUUGGGUUGCAGGCGGACCAUCUUGAUUUGCCGUUUGGUAUCCUAUAUUCUGCUGGUGGCGAUAUCAACGAAACUCUCUCUGAAUCGUCAGAACAGAGUCAGAAUCUGAAAAAUUGGGCCCUUGAAGGUCUUGUUCGUGUACCAGAAACAUGUCCGAGCAUUCCCACUCGAAUCACCACAGAAAGAGAAAUGGAAGAUUUUCUUCCAGACUUUUACGACCUCAUCAGGUCAGAAUCAGCAACUUUGCUUACGACUGAAGAAGGCACAUUACCCCCUUGGAUGACAAAGGAAAUUCGCGUCAAUAAUGGCGAGCAUGCUUGCGAGUCUGCCAUUUUUCUUCCUAUCCGAUCGACAGCGGACAAUAUUCUUGGGUUCCUGAUGUUAGGUGUAAACCCUAGGAAACGGUUUGAUGAUGACUAUAAAGUUUUCAUUGAGUUGUUGAGUCGACAACUAGCAACGUCAAUGGCGUCUGCUGUCUUGUUCGAGGAAGAGAUCCGCCGCGGGCGGGUGGCCGCCGAACAGGCUGCCCAAGACAGAACUCUAUUGUCGAAAAGGCUCGCAAUACAGACUCACGAGGCAUUGGAAACCGAGACCAGAUUUCGAAGAAUGGCUGAUCUUGCACCUGUUGGCAUGUUCCACAUAGAUCCCACCGGAAUCUUGGUCUAUGCAAACAACGACUACUACACUAUGACCGGCCAUCCACGUGACGUACACUACCCGAUGUCCUGGUAUAACGUCAUAGCUGAGAUCGAUCACCCAGUGAUGGACAAAGAAUGGGCUAAGCUUCUUGCUGGAGAACCCGUAAACUUCGAGCUCAGACUGAGACCACAAUUCGUAGCAGAUGAUCUCGUUGCUGGUGAAAAGGUUGAAGGUUCUACUUGGAUCAUCGCUGCAGCUUAUCCUGAGCAAGCCGAAGACGGUACGGUCACUGGUAUUCUAGGGUGUCUUACGGACAUCAGUCGACAAAAAUGGAUGGAAGGUUUCCGGACACGAAAAAUGCUCGAGGCUGUUGAGCUGAAACGCCAGCAGGAGAAUUUUAUUGACAUGACUUCCCAUGAAAUGAGAAAUCCUUUAUCUGCAAUUAUACAGUGUGCGGAUUACAUCGCGACGUCACUCUCGGAAUUUGAAGGAGACUCCAAGAAUGUCACCCUUCCUCGAGAAGUUGCUGAUGGAUAUGCCGAUGCGGCACAAACUGUGGUCUUGUGCGCUCAACACCAGAAACGAAUUAUCGACGAUAUCUUGACACUCUCAAAGCUAGAUUCGGACCUUCUGCUCAUUACUCCGAUUGAAGUACAGCCGAUCUCAGUAGUACAGAGUGCUCUCAAGAUGUUCGACAGCGAAGUCCAGAAGAGUGACAUGGAGCUUCGAUUUCGUGUCGAUCCUUCCUACAACACCCUGGCAGUUGACUGGGUGAAACUUGACCCUAGCAGAUUGCUCCAGGUACUGAUCAAUUUGACCACAAAUGCCAUCAAAUUCACACAAUCCGGGCCCAACAGAAAAAUUACCGUCAACAUGGCCGCUUCAACAGAACACCCACUCGAUAAGCAUGGCAUACAAUACUUGCCAAGAAGCGCCAAUCGAAAGGACUUGUCGUUGGGUAGUGCUUGGGGAUCGGGCGAGAUGGUUUACCUCUAUAUUGAGGUUCAAGAUAGUGGACGAGGACUAGAUGACCAAGAGAGGCAAGCGCUCUUCAAGCGGUUCUCACAAGCGUCUCCAAGAACCCACGUACAAUACGGAGGAUCAGGUCUAGGUUUGUUUAUCUCUCGCGAGCUGACCGAACUUCAAGGAGGACAAAUCGGAGUUUCUUCCCAAGCAGGAGUAGGUAGCACAUUCGCCUUUUUCAUCCGAGCCCGGCGCUGCAAUCCACCAGAAACCCCGCAACCAAUAAUAGCAGCACAUUCCAUCGACAUGAAGGCCCAAUCGAAAAUCAUCAGCCCUGCAGCUCUGGCUCGAAUACAAAGUGGAGGAGGUCCUGCGCCUUUGUCUGAAAGGAAAGCCCCUCAAAUGCCAGUAGCUCCAAAACACGUCUUGAUCGUCGAAGAUAACAUUGUCAACCAAAAAGUCCUCUCCAAACAACUUCGUUCAGCAGGCUGCAUCGUACACGUUGCGAAUCACGGUCUAGAAGCGCUAUCCUUCCUCUCCAUAACACGCUACUGGACCGGACUCGAGUCAUCGGGAACUGAACUCUCCAUCGUGCUCAUGGAUCUCGAGAUGCCCGUCAUGGAUGGCCUUACCUGCGUCAAGGAGAUCCGCAAAUUACAGCAGGAAGGAAAGAUUGUGGGCCAUAUUCCUGUGAUAGCUGUCACGGCAAAUGCGAGGAGUGAGCAGAUCUCCAUGGCGAAGGAGGCGGGCAUGGACAGUGUUGUUACGAAACCAUUUAGGAUUCCGGAACUUUUGCCGGAGAUGGAGAGGCAGGUUAGGAGGGCUGGGGAGAGGGCUGAAGAUAGACCAGGGGAUUUAUUGAGGAGUGCUAGUGCGCCGCCAUUUUGA